CCCAGGGCGGCUUGUGCGAGAGAUUCUGGAACGUGAGCUCAGGCAGGCAAAAUCCGAGGAUGAGGCAGAAUUAACUGAAAUGCUUGCUAUCUUCCCAGUUCAUUUUACUGAUCAGGUUGAUGAUCAGGGCCACCGGAUUGUGGAGUAUAGGCCUCUCUCUUAUCCUGUUCUUACUGAGUUACGGAAAGCUAUUCGAGAUAUGGGAUUGCAAAGCAGUUAUGUACAAGGCAUGCUUGAGGCUGUAAUGCGUAAUCAUACCCUAGUUCCAGAGGAUUGGAAAACCAUGAUUCGCAUGCUUUUAACUCCUGCACAAUAUGUGGUUUGGGAAAGUGAGUUCCGCCAACAGUGUAUAUUAAGAGGCGCCAAUUCUGGCAGAGUUUACACUGCUGAGCAACUCUAUGGGGCAGGAAAUUUUAGUGACCCCAAUCAUCAGCUAGUCUUACCUGCUGACACUCUGGAGGUUUCUUCUAAUGGUGCCUUUUGCGCUUUUCAGCAUGUCCCAUCUUCUGGCAAACCCUCGCAAACCUUUUCCAGCAUUCGCCAAAAAGCUGCUGAGCCUUACACAGACUUUGUUAAUCACCUUCAGGAAGCGCUUACGCGUCAAGUUGAUAAUGCUGAAGCCCAAGAGGAGCUGUUGAUUAGAUUAGCUAAAGAGAAUGCUACCUCUGAAUGCCGAAGGGUUAUCACAGGUCUGGGAAAAAACCCGGAGUUGGCAGAAAUGAUUAGAGCUUGCCAAGAUAUAGGAACUCCCUCACAUCAAGCCUCUCUGCUUGCUGCCGCUCUCCGCCAGGGUGUAAAGUCUGGGGGGAAAUGUUUUAACUGCGGCAAACCUGGUCAUUUUAAAGCAGAAUGUCGGGCUCCUGGGGGUGGAGGUGUAAAACCAAAACCUACCAGCCCAACUGGGAAAGGAAAGCCUCGAACCAAAUGUCCCAAAUGCGGCAAGGGAUUUCAUUGGGCUAGUGAGUGCUGCUCGGGAAACUCCCAGAUGGGCCCGUCUCUGGCCCCAGUCCAAACAGAGGCAAGUCUGAGUUAGAAUCCUUGCCUAAUUCUACUAUUUUCAAUUCCCCAAGGGCCACUAAAGGCAGUGCAGGGAUUGAUCUUUUCCUACAAGCUGAUCUUACUUUCCAGUUCCCCGGAGAAGUGCAAGUCGCACCUUCUCAGCUCUCUGGUCCUUUGCUUCCUGGCCAUCUGGGCCUGAUCUUACCUCGCUCCUCUACUGGAAAAAAGGGAAUCUUUGUAGUCCCUGGGGUUGUUGACUCUGAUUAUGAAGGAGUCAUACAAAUGCAACUGUGGACUAAUUUGCCUCAAACCUUGCCUCAAAAUUCUGCACCCGCUCAGUUAAUUCUUGUCUCCUAUGUCUUGCCCGCAGGGGGAGCUGACCGUGAGCGUGGCACGGGAGGUUUUGGGUCUACCUCCACUGAUUCACUGGUAGGACUGACUACCACUAUCUUCUGCACGCCCUCAGCAACAUAUUUUUAUCCAAGGCCGUAAGUUUAAAGGUCCUUUGUGGGUUCCAGCAAAGUGUGUCCGGCCUGCACAUG